AUGUCUCGCAUGUGGGAGGUCGACCCGGAGACAAGGACAAAGCUCCUUCAAAUCUCCAAGACGAACGGAAAUGACAGGUGCUGUGAUUGCGGCGCGCCAUCACCUCAAUGGGCCUCCCCCAAGUUCGGCACCUUCAUAUGUCUCAAUUGCGCCGGCACACACCGCGGAUUAGGUGUACAUAUCUCCUUCGUUCGCUCGAUUACAAUGGACGCCUUUAAGCACGCCGAGAUCCAACGUAUGGAGUUGGGGGGCAACGAGCCGUGGAAGACGUUCUACGAUGAACACCCGGUGACCAUCUCAGAAGGCCGCGCAUUUGAAGAUUCGACCAUCAAAGAACGAUACGACAGCGACUCCGGCGAGGAAUGGAAAGAGCGAUUGUCGUGCAAGGUCGACGGCCGCGAGUACGUGCAGGGCCAAGAGAAGAAGAACAACCCCUCGCGGCCAAGCAACACUCUGACCUUGGGCGGCGCUGAAGGUGGCGCCGGCGCCAUGUCUGGUGCACGGGCUGGGUCUCCAGCUAACAAUAUUCGCUCCAACGACAGCCAGCGUGGUGGUCCCUCUGGCAAGAAAGAACAAAAUGAGGCUUAUUUCGCGAAACUCGGCAAUGAUAACGCUACUCGCAACGAUGCCAUUCCUCCCUCGCAGGGCGGGAAGUUUACUGGUUUUGGAGGCGGCAUGCCUGCGCCUACUACGAGUGAGCGGCGCUCCUCCCCCUUUGGAGGAUUCGGAGGCUGGGGUGGCGGUGGUGGUGGUGGAAGACAGCCGUUUGAGGACCUCCAGAAAGACCCCAUGGGCACUCUCACUAAAGGACUUGGGUGGUUCGCAUCGACAGUUGGCAAAAGCGCAAAGCAGGUCAAUGACUCCUAUCUCCAACCAACGGCCAAACAGUUGGCCGAAUCCGACUUCGCAGCCCAAGCCCGUAUCCAUGCGGCGACCUUUGGUCAGAACGUGCAAACUGGAGUUCGUGGAGCCGCAGACCAAUUCAACCGGUUCGUUGAAGGCGAAGAUGGCCGAGGGGAUGGAAAUCGUUCUCGCGUGGAGCCUGAGCGCCGAGACUUCUGGGAUGAUUUCUCGUCUUUGGGUGACCAAGAGACACCAAACCAUCGCCGCAGCGGAUCACAGCGGUCUCAACGUUCCGACGUUGUUGGUACAGCUGCCUUGCGAAAGGGCCCAACGGCGUCCUCGCUGGCUAACUCUUCUCCCGCCUCGUCUGGUGUAGAAGCAGCUGAGAGUAGGCAUACCACAGCCUCUGCGCCAGGUAAGGGAAAGGAUGAAUGGGAUGACAACUGGUAG